AUGUCGGCCAACACUCCAACGAUCCGGGUUGCGACCGUCAAAGCCGACGGCGUCAAUGUCUUCUUUCGUGCCGCCGGCUCUUUCGAUGCGCCCACUGUGGUGCUACUUCACGGUUUCCCUUCCUCAUCGCAUAUGUUUCGCAACCUAAUCCCCAUCCUCGCUACCCGCUACCGUGUCAUCGCACCCGACCUUCCCGGGUUCGGCUUCACCACCGUCCCGGAGGAGCGCAACUACCAGUACACCUUUGCCAACCUCACCCAGACAUUCACUGCCUUUGUGGACGCCCUGUCCUUGACACGUUUCGCGGUGUACAUCUUCGACUACGGCGCACCGACUGCCUUCCGUUUCGCCCUAGAGCGGCCCGAUGCCAUCGCUGCUAUCAUCUCCCAGAACGGCAAUGCCUACGAGGCGGGACUGGGUCAGCCAUUCUGGAGCCAGAUCCAAAAGCUCUGGAUCCCCGAGGGAGCGCGCAAGGAGGACCGGGAGGCGCUGCGAGGUCUGCUCGAGUUGGGCGCAACCCAGUGGCAGUACCAGAACGGCUCUCCACACCCGGACGACAUCCCGCCCGAGGCAUACUAUCUGGACCAGGCGCUCAUGGACCGACCAGGCAACAAGGAUGUGCAACUUGACCUGUUUGAGAGCUAUGGUUCGAAUGUGGCGCUAUACCCGCGGUUCCAAAAGUAUCUAAGGUCGUCGCGUGUGCCUGUUCUCACGGCUUGGGGUAAGGCGGACGAGAUCUUUGUCCCGGCCGGUGCAGAGGCUUUCAAGAAGGAUGUCAAGACGCUGGAGACACACUGGUUAGAUGCCGGGCACUUUGCGCUGGAGACCAAUGAGACGCAGGUUGCGGAGUGGAUAUUCGGAUUCUUUGAUAAGUACCGGGUGUUUGCCGCUUGA